CUUCUUCCUUCACCAAUAUUGAAGUAUCUAAUUUCUUACCUUCAUUGAUGCAAAGAAGUAUUAUUGAUACUUGAAAUCCUUUUCCCCAUAUCUCACCUUUUGACACUUAAGAUAAUAAAUGCACUUGUCUGGCAUCCAGUGCGAACCAUUAAUGGGUCAUUGAACACAGGAAACCUUGCAAAAAAUCCAUUGUCUGCACCAUUAUUGUUUUUGAAUUAUUACACCACCGAAAUGUGAUCAUCCCUGCAUUUCAUAAAAGUACUCUUGGCGCUUUGCUGUUCACUUUCAGAAGUAGCUUUUUUUCUCAGAGGAUUAAUUUUGUGAAGGUAUAGAUACUGGGAUAAUUAGUUUAUGAAAUUAGUAAGUAGAGUUAAUGGGGAAAUAAGAGAAAUGGAAGAUGGAAAUGCAAACCCCAAUUUGAAUAAAGUAAUGAUGGAAAUGGAUGUAGAAACAAACAAAACAAGAGGUAGUAAUCUUGAAUAGAGUUCCUUAUGUUGAAAAGAUAAGUGAAUCAUAUGAUGGGAUCAGUUAGGGCCAGCAUUUGUGAAUGUGCAAUGUCUAAUGUACAUAAUUGCCAUAAUGUAAAAAUACGGUUUCGGCAACGGUUGCAAAACGGAUAUUGUGGUCAAUACUGAUAAUUGCGCAUUCAAUGUGGCCUAUAUUUUGGUGUAAACUCAAAAAACUUUACAAUACGGUCGCGACAAGGUGAUGCAACCUUGUUUUUGCACUAUGAUAAUUGUUGCUGCCAUGGUGAAUGAAGUCCGUUCCCUGUUGUGUGACAUGAGAUUUGGCCUCCUAAAAAUUUCAAAGAUUCAGGAUCACGACUUCAUUCAAAGCUUAAGGAAGCAGUUUUGCAAGUAAGGUUCUUAAUCAACUUCUUUGCUAUUUUACACCGACAUUUAAAUCAUGAAACUUCAUAUGAAAGGUGGUUGAUUUUUUGAUUAUCUAAACAUGUAGGAAGACACACAUGUUACUUUGGUUAAUUUGAGUGCAAUCACAGAAUUGUGGGAGGAUGUUAGAAUAUGUAUUACAGUUACUUAAUAUGACAGUUAUUUUUCUAGGAGCAGUUAUUCAAAACUCAUGUAUAAAUUAUCACCAUUACAGUUGAAUGAAAUAAGCCAGAAAUCAUCAAGAACAAAACUGGUUGCUAAACCAAAAAUCAUGGUAUCAGAGCAGCAACGAUUCUGAAUCGUUUUUGCUGCUUCAUCAUAUAUUAAUUAACCUACCUAAAUUCCAACAAUGGAAGACGAAACAAGAACCGUCAUAGCACCAGAUCAACCGGUCACAAUGGGACAGUUGUUGCAACUGUUUAAACAGUUAAACUCCAACAAACCACCCACCGAAACCGUAACCAACACCCAUACCCUCCAAAUCUCAGAGAAAUUAAAGAACCAGAAUUACACAAAAUGGUCCAGGCUGAUGCACUUAGCCAUUAGUGGACGAGAUCGUCUCAAUCACAUCAUCGACGACCCUCCAUCCACAAAUGACCCAGCAUACAACCAAUGGAUCAGAAGCGACUCGAUUGUUAUCUCAUGGAUUUUGGAGAAUAUAGAGUCUGACCUAGUGAAUCAGUAUCUUGAUUUCCCGACAGCCAAAACGUUAUGGCAAGGGAUUGAGACACUGUACAGUAGUGGGAGAGACGGCCUACAAAUAUUCGAUUUAACAGUCAAAACCAACAAAAUCCAACAAGGAACAGACACCAUCGAAACAUACUACAGCAAGUUAAUUGUCCUAUGGAAAGAAAUUGACCGGAGACAACCAAAUCCUAUGAAGGAUCCAUGCGACAUCAUCUAUAAUCAAAUAACCCAACAAAACAGAUUAUACCAGUUUUUAGCGGGAAUCAAUGAAACAUUCGACAAGGAUAGAAAAGAUCUCCUCCUCUUAGACCCUCUUCGUACAGUGGAGGAGGAGAAAUACUGAGGCGGGGAAUCAUGAAGACGGAGCCCUCAUCAGAUCUGGAAUCACCGAGCACCGGUGGGGUUUUCACGGCCAAAGGAAGAACUUACCGGAGGGAUGAUGAUAAAGCUCACCUCAAAUGCACCUACUGUGGCGGUACAAGACAUACUAGAAACGAGUGUUUUAAACUCGUAGGUUACCCGGAAUGGUGGCCGGAUGCUAAGAAAAAGGGGGAAAGAAAACCGGGACGUUUUUCAGAUCAAAAUCGGACCAGAAAAGCAGCGGUAGGAUGGAGUACAGAAGCACCCAGAUCAAAACGAAAAAAACUAUAUUCUCCUUGAAAUUACCAGAGCUCUUAUGAUUGAAUCCCAUAUACCUGUUCAUUUCUGGCCCGAGGCAAUUGCUACUGCUACCUAUCUAACUAAUCGUCUUCCCACAAAAGCCCUAGACUUCCAAAAUCUCCGUGAUACCCUGAGUUCCCAUGUUCC